UGUGUGUGUGUGUCGGUGCUUUUUUUUUUUUUUUUGUUAUUCCCGCUUGCUCCAUCCACACACCGCAGAAGCUGAUUUUCUUUUUCAGGCAUAUGGAAAGACACCGGGCUCAGAUCUGAACCGAUUCACGGAAUAUUGACCCAAUGGGUUUUUUCGUGCAAUCAUGCACGCGCUGCAUUUUUGUGCAUUUCGGCGACACGGCUCUGUGCUCGCGCUCCGGGCUGCGAAUAAUGAAUUAACAGACAGGAGGAAAUAACGGCGGCUAGCUGCAGCCACAUUGCAUUGUGAUCCCUGGAUAUGAUGAUGCGCAUUUCCCUAGAAACUGCUCCCUUUCUCUGUUGAUGAAACCCUUAUAUGAUGUGGAAUGGACACUUUUUUAUUUUUUACCCGUAUCAAUAAUAAUAAUAGUAAAAAAAGCAAGCAGGCUGCUCUGCUAGUCAGGAGCUGAAGUGCUUAAACAAAGAAAUGCAUUCUUAAAGAAGAAGGCACAGGCUGGAUUUGCCAUUGAGUGUCUUCACUUGGCCAACUGGCAAGCCAUGCGUGGCUUUGUCCUAUUACACAGCUAGGCAGCUGCCUCAUGGGGCUGUUCAACGUCUCGCUUCCUCAGACUGUUCGGGACUCCUUCUUUAUAUAGCCUCAUCAGGGCUGAACUAUCAGUAAGAGUAAUUUGUCUGUGUUGCUGCCCAGAGGUGAGGUGAGGCGAGGCAGUGUGGAGCGAGGCAGGUGGAGCUGCUGAGCGGAUGCCUGUAGCGGCGGGCGCCGCGUGCCCUCGACAAUGAGCCGGCUGAUGCUGGGCCGCACUCUGGAGCGGGUCUGCAAGGCUGUGCUGCUGCUCUGCCUCGUGCACUUCCUCAUCAUGAUGAUCCUGUACUUCGACGUCUACAGUCAGCGCUUUGACAUCUUCAGCCGCUUCAACAACGGCCGCGGAGCCAACGCUUCACGCUGGCCGCACCAUUCUUACUACAACUACUCUGGCGCCAGGCCCAAUGCCACUUUCGCCAGCUAUGUACCUGCCUCAGAACAGCUGCCACCCAGCGGCAAGCCUGAGCUCAACCGCACACACACAACCCCCAAGCCUAUUCCUCCGUGCCCAGAGGUGCCUCCUGGACUGGUGGGGCGUCUUCUGAUCGAGUUCAGCUCUCUGAUGAGCAUGGAGAGGGUGCAGAGGGAGAAUCCUAACGUGACAGAAGGGGGCAAGUACACGCCACCGGACUGUCGGCCCAAGCAAAAAGUAGCCAUUAUCAUUCCAUUUCGGCACAGAGAACACCACCUGAAAUACUGGCUACAUUACCUGCACCCCAUCCUACGGCGGCAGAAGAUCGACUAUGGAAUCUACAUCGUCAACCAGCUUGGCGAAGACACUUUCAACCGGGCCAAACUGCUAAAUGUCGGCUAUACAGAGGCUCUAAAGGACGCCGAGUACGACUGCUUCAUAUUCAGCGAUGUGGAUUUGAUCCCCAUGGAUGACCGUAACCUGUACCACUGCUACGACCAGCCGCGCCACUUCGCCAUCGCCAUGGACAAGUUUGGCUUCAGGUUACCGUAUGCAGGAUAUUUUGGAGGGGUCUCUGGCUUGAGCAAGAAGCAGUUCCUGAAAAUCAAUGGCUUCCCCAAUGAGUACUGGGGAUGGGGAGGAGAGGACGAUGACAUCUACAACAGGAUUACACUGAACGGGAUGAAGGUGUCUCGGCCAGAUGUGAAGAUCGGCCGCUACAGGAUGAUCAAGCACGAGAGGGACAAGCACAAUGAGCCCAAUCCCCAGAGGUUCAAUAAAAUCCAGAAUACAAAGAACACCAUGAGGAAGGACGGCAUCAGCUCGCUGACAUAUCGCCUGGUCUCCAUUAAAAAGUACCCGCUCUACACCAACAUCUCAGUGGAGAUUGGUAAACCCCCUCCAAGACCACUCAGAGGAUAGACCGCGGUCUGAACACACACACACGCACACACACACACACACAUAUCUAUAUAUAUAUACCGCCCAUGGCCGUGAGCCUCUGUGUGCAGCAAUGACAUGCUGAACAGGUUAGUUCUCAGGAAUACACUGGACCUCUUGUGGAUUUAUAAAUCCAUGCGCAGAUUUCGACUCCGGUACAAGUCUCUCUGUAUCUUGUGAUUAGGGGAAAUGACUUAACCAUAUGGAUUGAUGCUCUACCAGACCUUCUGUUCACACCUGGAGGACACAAAUAAACAUUGUUUCUGGGUCCAAUCUCAAAGGACAACGCUGUUCACUCGAUGUAAAUCAGUUGGAACAUUUCAGAAACGAAUGUCUUUUCUACCUGCAGCUGCUGCAGAUUCCUACUCGUUUUCUCCUCAUAUCUGCGAAGCUGGAGAUGAUAAAGACACUUCAUCUGUGCUUUGAAGAUCAUCUUCUUUCUCAGUUUCCAACCUUUUUCCCCAACCUUAUUUUGUAUUUCUACUCUUCCUGCUCUGUGACUUCAACCACUGAAGCACUGACUAAGCUGAAAGCUUAAAUAUUUCAGUGACAAGAUUUGGAUAAAGUGUGCACAGGUGCUUUGGCAACCUUUUCCUGAGUAGAGCCCUGCCUUUGGUGGCCCAGAAUGGAGUAGAAAGGGAUUUUGGGGAACUCUUACUUGGAGCCCAAAGGGAAUUCUGGCAAAGCUGUACAUGGUCACCGCUGUCAGUCACUUGAAAUCAACAUAGAAGCUGUGUGUUUUCUGUGUGUUUUUUAUUUUUAUUGGUUCUUCACCUCUGCCUGAGGGUUUAUUUUUUAAUGCAUUUUAACAUUAACUGCCGUGUGUGUUGAGGUCACACUCAUUUAAUAUCACAGUGAACUCUUAUCAAACACUGGAGAUGAAAUUUUCAUUUGUUAUUUUGCUAUUUCCCGUUUUCUUUUUCGACUUGUGGUUUUACCGUUUUCAUUUACUGCCUAUGCACACCAUACUGAUGCCUUCAGACAUUUUAUGAGGUGCUCGAGUCGUGUUUUAUUCUUUGGAUGUCUGUUUAAUCCAGCCACCUUUUUUUUUCCCCAUGCCAUUCACCCAGCCUAUUAAAGAAGUACUUUUGUUUUUUUCCUGUUGCCUUGUGUUUGCCUCCUCAUCAUUCCUCUUUAUGUGCCGUGUUUUUCUUCUACAUGUGUGCAUCAGUACUGAGUUUGUUUUGUCACCUUUUGGACAUAAUUUCUGUCAAGAGAUUAUUACUGAAAUUUGGCCUAGGUUUACAAAGCUGCCCUGGUUUUGCAUUAUAAGUAUAAAAAGUAAGAGAGAGAAAGAGAGAAAUUACUAAUUCAGCAAACUUUAUGGUCACUAUAUGAACACAUAUAUUCAAACUGGUUAUUAAAUGUAAUAUUAUAUUUAUAAUAUUAUAUUACCACAGUGUUGUUGAAUUCUCGAUUCUCGUUGGUCAGCAAUGAACGUUACGAGGUAAAUCCUAGGUUAGUUUAGAAACAGGUUACACGUGGAUGAAUAAUCAUGUGUAAUUGUUAAUAUGGUAUAUUUUCUGUGAGGAGACAUGUAUGUAGCGCUCUUGGAAGAAGUCCUUUGCAACAGUCUAUAACAGCUGGUUCUUUAGGUUUUAUGAAAUGAGAAUGGAGGAUGGAGAGGGUUAUGGUCUUUUAGUAACGUGACAAGCUGCCUGUUUUUGUCUGAUUACUGCUAAGAGAGAGAAAAAAACAAGGCUGGAUGAAUAAAAGUUGUUCACGAUGGUAGAUUGCCGUGGUACGAGAGGAACAAAAAACAGAUCAGGACAUGCUGUUAAAGAUUUUAAGGAAAAUAGUCAACCUCGCAUAUAUCGCCUCAGCACUGUUGAUUAAUUUCCUAUAACAGCACGUCUCGUCAUGUUUCAUUCCUUGCUUAUAAUAUUAUAUUUAUAAUAAUAUAUAUUAUAUUUAUACAAAUAUACAGUAUACCAAAGCUUAUCAGCCGUGUUGCUAGUGGACUGUGGACAGUUUGUGAUGAUCCAGACGCAAAUAUCUGUUCUGUAGCUCAGCGUAAAUAGGCCUACAACACAAACUCCAACAUAAUCAGCAAAUAUAACAUUAUAACAGCAGCAUUAUAGUCCACUUUUUUUUAAAAAAAAAAACCUAUUAUACUCAACAAUACUACUUUAAAUAUAACACAGACCAUCACGCUGGAUGGAAGAAAAAGUGUAUAUUUUUUUUUCUUUCCUGUUCCUGUUGUUGUUAUAUUCUGAACAAAAGGAACAAGAGCACUACAUUGAGCACAUUAUCUUUUACAUUUUCAUUUCCCAUAGUGUGGGCUUUCUGAGAUUUUAUUGAAAAGAUUUUCUCUCCCCCUCCCCGGUUGAGGCUGUCUUAUGAAUUGCAGCAGCAGCCUUGUUUUUAUUUCUGUGCUGUGAAUUUGUACAUACGUGACAGUGAGGAAACUAACAAGACGUCUGUGAGUUAGAGUAGUGCACAUGUGCUGCUGAAUUGAAUCUACAGUGUAGAUGUGAAGGUGCACUUUCUUCUUUUUUUUUUGUCAGUCGGAAGUGAGAGACACACUUUGUUUGGAACGUAAUCUCACUGUGCUUUAUGAAAGAAUGUGAUCUUUUUUCUUUUCCCAUAAUCAUCUACCUACAUAUCAUUGCUGCUAUAUCAUGAUGCUAAGCAAGGCAGUUGUCUCAUUACAUGUUUUGCACAAUGCAAGAAAUAAAAGAUCGGUCAUUAUCGCGAAUUAUACAUAAUACCUAACUACUUCAUAAGAUCACAGCUUAAGCACAUUCCGGUAUGUUAUCGUAUAUGUUGGGAGAUUUUAUGGUGAAUAUUCUCCCUCUCUAAAGAAGUAGCUCACUGUGUGUAGCUCUCUUUUCCCUCUUGGUGUUUAUGCUUCCCUCUUCUCUUCUCCUCUCUUCUCUCCUGUCUUCUCUCCACAUCCAUCUCAUCCCUCCAUCCUCGUCGGCAGAAAAUGAACCGUACGAGAGAAGGGCAGGGGCUCUCGAAAAUAUUACACCUGUAUGAAAUAAACUCUGGUCUUCAAGCUCUGAGUGGCUUUUUAAACACUUACUGGAUCUACUUAGGGGUUUUUUUGUACAUUGAAUGUCAACAUAUGGUUCUAUGUAGAAUGCAUUAUGUCAUAUCGAACAUACUUUUUGUAUACAACAAAUAAAGAAGAGCUGUCGCUUGAAAAGA